GCAAGAGCGAGCCGGACGCCAACUCCGCCGUCCGGCGCAGCGCCCGCCGCCGCGCUCCUCGCUGAGCCUCGCUGGACCGCCCGCGGCAGCGGCGGCGGCGCUGGGGGCGGCUCCUGCGGGCGGCGCGGCCCCUGCCCGCGCGCUAGCACCCCGCGGCAGCCCCACCAGGGGCGGCCACAUUCACCUAGCGCCGGCCGGGAGGUGCGCGGAGAGGGCGCGCCGGGAGCCAGGGCCUCCCGCCAGUGCGGGGCGCGGGGCCCGCCGAGUGCGGCGGAGGCAGGCGCGCCGCGCGGUGCGGCCAGGACAGGCGCUGGGCGGCCGCGGAGCUCCGGACGCCGGCACGUCCCCAGCGCCCCGGCCGGCCCCGCCGGGCGGCCUGCGGGGGCGGCGCAGUUGCGAAACUGAGUGCCUGUGUACCUCUUCCUAGAAUACCUGUCUGGUGCUCUCCUCUUCCUCAAGACUACCUCAGCACUCCUCCCACUUGGGGACUCCAGCGCCAUAAGCUGACUACACAAGACUCUGCCUUCCCCAUAUUUCCAUAGCCAGCGACAUGACCUGACACCUUGAUGACCAGUCUCAGGGCCCUUAGGUGACUAGCUGCUACACCAUGGAACUUAAAGUAUGGGUGGAUGGAGUUCAGAGGAUUGUUUGUGGGGUCACAGAAGUUACAACUUGCCAGGAGGUUGUAAUAGCCUUAGCUCAAGCGAUAGGUCGAACAGGAAGGUACACUCUUAUAGAAAAAUGGAGAGAUACUGAAAGACACUUAGCACCUCAUGAAAAUCCUAUCAUAUCCUUAAACAAAUGGGGGCAGUAUGCUAGUGAUGUACAGCUAAUUUUACGUCGGACGGGGCCAUCUCUUAGUGAGCGACCCACUUCAGACAGUGUGGCUCGAAUUCCGGAGAGAACUUUAUAUAGGCAGAGUUUGCCCCCACUGGCUAAACUGAGGCCUCAGAUUGACAAAUCAAUCAAAAGGAGAGAACCUAAAAGGAAAUCAUUAACAUUUACAGGAGGUGCCAAAGGAUUAAUGGACAUUUUUGGGAAGGGUAAAGAAACUGAAUUUAAACAAAAGGUGCUGAACAACUGCAAGACAACAGCAGAUGAAUUAAAGAAGCUGAUCCGGUUGCAGACAGAGAAGCUUCAAUCCAUUGAGAAAGAGCUAGAAUCAAAUGAAAUUGAAAUACAAUUUUGGGAGCAAAAAUAUAAUUCUAACCUUGAAGAGGAAAUUGUCCGCCUGGAGCAAAAGAUCAAAAGAAAUGAUGUCGAAAUUGAAGAGGAAGAAUUUUGGGAAAAUGAAUUGCAGAUUGAACAGGAAAAUGAAAAACAGCUGAAGGAUCAACUUCAAGAAAUAAGACAGAAAAUAACAGAAUGUGAGAGCAAAUUAAAGGACUAUUUGGCCCAGAUCCAGACUAUGGAAAGUGGUCUUGAAGCAGAAAAAUUACAACGGGAAGUUCAGGAGGCACAAGUCAAUGAAGAAGAGGUUAAAGGAAAGAUUGGUAAGGUCAAGGGAGAAAUUGACAUUCAAGGCCAACAGAGUCUGAGGUUAGAAAAUGGCAUUAAAGCUGUAGAAAGAUCUCUUGGACAAGCCACCAAACGAUUACAGGACAAAGAACAAGAACUGGAGCAGUUGACUAAAGAGCUACGGCAAGUCAACCUCCAGCAGUUUAUCCAACAGACGGGGACAAAAGUUACUGUUUUGCCAGCGGAGCCCAUUGAAGUAGAGGCCUCACACGCAGAUAUAGAAAGGGAGGCACCAUUCCAGUCCGGGUCCCUGAAGCGGCCUGGUUCAUCUCGGCAGCUCCCCAGUAAUCUUCGUAUUCUGCAGAAUCCUAUCUCAUCUGGUUUCAAUCCUGAAGGCAUCUAUGUAUAACAUUAUCUGUCUUUAGGGGAGAGACCUAAUAAAGGUACCAAGGACAGUAAGAAUUCCUUCUUUGAUUUGUGCCAAUGAUGAACAGAGGAUCUAUUUCACAAGCCACCGUCUCUUUUUUCUGUCCUAAAUUGCAUACC